GGUCCCACUCCGCCAUUAGCUGGCUGCGCUGCUCUUGGCCCCUCAGGCCACUGGUGGCAUCAUGUCGAUGCUAAAUGUGUUAUCUCUAGUGCUCGCAACCCUCUUGGUCUCUGUCCAGGCGCGAACGGAUAUCGCCGCGCAGCUGUUUGACAACGCUGCCAUCUCUGAGCCCAUUGCGCCCACCAGCCUCAACAAGGCGCUUACGAAGCUUGGUGUCAGUGUUGCAAACUUUACCUCGUUCAAGAGCAAUGUCCAACGUGCCAUGCUCUGGAGUGCCGGCUUGGUGCAGGCCAAUCCCGACUCAACGAACGACUCCUCGGCCAACUAUGUGCAGGUCUACGUGCUCUGCGGACGCACCAUGAGCGACGUGUUUCAAUCCGCUGAGGCGUUCGAUGAUGCCUUAAGAUGUCCGCUUAAGAAAUGUAAGAGCAACGUCAUCACUUUCACGGAAUCGGCGUGUGAGCCGAGCUACGUCGAAUCCAAAACACUGUGUGCACUGAGUAUGAGCUCCGCGGGAUCGAGUUUCGGGACGCUCAAGACCAAGACGGGGCCGUUGUGGUCCACGGAUGGACAGCUCGACGAGAACUUUGACCCGCAGAUUUUCCAGUUUGAGGACAGCUCCGCCAAUGACAGCACGGCGCUUUAUCUGCUGGCGCAAAAGGGCUCGUGGACUAUGAGCGAUGACACGUGCCCCAACGGCGCUCAGUUCAUCACCCCAUGCAGAGAGGUGGCCGCUUCCGAAGUGGAUGUCAAUGUACAGGAACGCACGUGGUGCGAGCCGGAGAUCGAACUUGGCGUUAAGCUCUGGGUCAAUGAACUGAACGCGGCUACUGAGUCUGGUGGCGAUGACUCGGAGUCGUCCAAGGUUUCCUCGACAGUUGCAAUUGUUCUGGGUGUGUUGCUGGGAAUUUUUAUUGUUGCCGCUUUCGUAUUUUUCGUCAUGUGGCGUCACUCCAGGAGCUAUUCCAACAAAGACGGACUCACGGAAAAUGAGAACAACACCUUUUUCAUGCAGGCACAUUCAUUCCGCGACCAGCCGCAACAGGGCGGACAUGUCUCUGGACAGUAUGUGUCCAACAAUGGACCGCACCCGUCAUUUGACAAUGCCAUGCAAAUUGAGGCAAUCAACGAAAGUUUCCGGAUGCGAUCACCGGAACUGGCAACUUUUUGCGACGACCAGGAACUCAUGCUGAAACGAAUUGCCUUUGCGGGUAUUAUCUACUGUGAAAAGAUGACAAGUGGGCCGAACGGUGAAGUUUGGCGAGGCGAAUACGAAGGACAGCAAGUCGCUAUCAAGUGCACGGUUGCGGCAGCUGUUGCAGGCUUUGCCGCUGCGAACACCAGUCGCUCAUCGGCGAUGAAUGCGUCUGCUCUUCUUGGCGACAAGGAGCUCAAGGCGCUUGUGGACUUCACCAAGGAGAUCCACAUGGCUGCGUUCCUGGACCACCCGAACGUUGUCCGCUUCGUGGGCCUCUCGUGGCGCACUUUGCCGGAUUUGUGCAUGGUUUCCGAGUAUGUUGCACUUGGCGACCUUGCGCACUUCCUGGCGCAGCCGGAAAGCAAAUAUCUCACCUGGAAAGAUGACAAAUUGCCAAUUGCGGCGGAUAUUUCCAACGCGCUCGUGUAUUUGCACUCGCUGUCCCCCGUCGUGUUGCACCGCGAUCUAAAGUCACUCAACGUGCUCUUGACGGAAGAUCUCCAAGCCAAGGUGAGCGAUUUCGGACUGAGUCGUGAGACAAGCUUCGACGAAACCAUGACCAGUGGGGUGGGCACUUUACUUUGGACAGCUCCCGAGGUGCUACGCGGCGAGAGGUACUCUGAGAAGGCUGAUAUCUAUUCUUUCGGUGUCGUUCUGGCCGAGCUGGACACUUGUCUGCCACCAUAUGCCUACAGUCAGGGCCGGAAGAACAAGGGAAAGAACGACAUGGACUGGGUGCCGCUCAUUGCAAGCGGACGUGCGUCCCCUCCGUUCCGGCCAGACUGCCCGCGAGCACUGCGCGACCUGGCAGCGCAAUGUCUCGAUCAGGACCCGAACAAACGCCCACCUGCUAUGCAGAUCGUCUACUUGCUCCGGUCCAAGAUCCCACACACACUGUAA